AUGGAGGUCCUUGGCUUGCUACUGCUCCUUCUGACUCAAUCAACAUCCGCCCUUCGCUACGACCAACAAUUUUCUCAGUGGAAUCUCAACGAGAACAAAACUGCAAACGAUGUUCUUGACUAUUGUGGCAAAUGGCCAGAACAUACCUAUCAACCUUCUCCUUCCAAUUGGCGAUUUCCCUUCUAUACGCUUUUUCUUGAUCGAUUCGUCGAUGGAGACCCCGAAAACAACGAUAUCAAUGGCACCAUGUUCGAAACUGACACAUUUUCGAAUCAGUAUCGCUUUGGAGGUGACUUGGACGGGUUGACAGAGACACUUGACUACAUACAAGGCACUGGUAUCAAAGGAAUUUACAUCGCCGGUACUCCCUUUGCCAACUUUCCUUGGAAGUCAGAUAGCUAUUCGCCACUGGAUUAUAGCUUAUUGGACAGACACUACGGCACCAUUCAGCAAUGGAGAUCUACCAUCGACGAGAUCCAUAGGCGAGGAAUGUAUGUGAUGGCUGAUAGUACAUACGGCACUAUGGCAGACUUGCUCGGAUUUCAGGGAUACCUGAACAGUACCGCGCCUUUGAACCCACUCGAAUACAAACAAGUUUGGAAGGGGAAUGAGAGGUACUUCGACUUCACGCCGAGUGAUCAGUAUAGCAAGGAAUGCAACUAUCCCACUUUCUACACAGAAGAGGGAUGGCCCGUUCUGAACGGCUCCGAUGCAUUCUUCGAUGACCUCAAAGGUUGCUACAACAGCGAAUUUGAUCAGUAUGGCGCCAUAGAUUCGAUCGAUCUCGCACCCGAUUGGAAAAAAUCCCUCGCCAAAGCCGGUUUGGUUCAGGAUCGACUUCGUGAAUGGGUCCCAUCCGUACGGGAAAAAAUCGAGCACUUCACCUGCAUGUUGAUAACAUCACUGGACAUCGAUGCGCUUCGGAUUGACAAAGCGGGGCAGAUAAGUGUUGACGCUCUUGCGAGUUCCUCUCGAGCGAUUCGUGAAUGUGCCUCUCGCCUGGGCAAGGACAAUUUUCUAUUGAGUGGCGAGUUUACAGCCAGCAAUUCAUAUGCGUCGAUUUAUCUCGGUCGCGGGCGUGAGCCAGAUAUGAGACCACAGAAUCAGACCCAAGCUAUUUCUCUCACCAACGCCUCGAGCGAUCAAUACUUUAUUCGAGAGCCUGAUGGGCAUGCAAUGGAUGGUGCUGUAUUUCACUACAGCAUCUACCGAGCUCUUAGCAGAUUUUUGGGCUUGGAUGGUAAUUAUACGGCACCGGGAGACAUAAGCGUUAAUUUUGUGGACGCCUGGAACGACAUCCUCCUAUCCAAUGACCUUAUCAACAAGAAUACUGGCAAGUUUGACCCGCGACACAUGAUGGGCACGACCAAUCAGGAUACAUUCCGUUGGCCAUCUAUCAGGCAAGGAACAUCCAAGUUGUUGUUGGGGCAAUUUAUAACAUCCCUUCAUCUACCUGGAAUUCCCGUACUGCUAUGGGGUGAGGAGCAAAACCUCUAUCUCAUCGACAGUACCAGCCCUCUUGGCCUGUUUGGCCGACAACCGAUGACUUCUUCACCCUCUUGGCAGGCUCAAGGAUGUUAUGGACUGGGUUCAAGUGACUAUAAUGAGCUUCCAAUUGAAUCUGCAUUGGCCGGAUGUUACGACAAUGAAGUUGGUCUCGAUCACCGGGAUCCCACCCAUCCUGUGCGCAAUAUCAUCAAAUCGUUCUACUAUCUUCGUGAGAACUUUCCUUCAUUGAAGGAUGGCUUUUAUUUAGAGAGCUUGUCCAAAAUUACCAACAAUGUGACCUUACCAGGGUCCAACGGGACAGUCACAGAGCUUGGACUCUGGGGCGCUGUUCGCGAUCUAUAUCCGGGCGUGAAUGAUCUCAAUCCUACAAAUCAGACCGCAAUUUGGCUGGUUUAUCACAACGAAAACAGCUCCGUGAAAUACGAUUUUGACUGCAGCUCCGCCUUUGACGGUUUUCUGGCACCAUUCAGUGCCGGAGUUACAGUCAGGAAUUUGCUGGCGCCUUACGACGAGAUUGUAUUACAAUCUAGUCAGGUCAAAUUGGGGAUUCACGGAUCAACAGAUUACAAUGGGUGUUUAGGUCCAAGUACCUUCCAGGCCUUCGACUUCCGCGCCUAUGUCCCAUCAUCAGAAUGGAUUGCCCCUCCCGUGGUUAUGACAAAGUUUCUUCCCGGAUAUGACGCUCGAAUUGAAUCGAACGGUACUAUCGACGAAGGAGAGAGCGUUGAUAUAGAGCUCCGAUUCUCCGAAAAACUGGAUUGCAACACCAUCAUCAACAGUAUAACCAUAGCAUCCACAUCUCAGAGUGAAAUCAUCCCCAAAAUCGAUCCUGGGAGUGUGUCUUGCGCGAUGAUUCAAGCUGAGCAGAUCGAGUACCCAGGUCAGAUUUCCUCCACAUGGUCUUGGAAGGCUACAUUGGAUAAUGUGACUCAUGGGAUUCAUACUUUGGCUGUCAAGAAUGCAUCUACUGCAACAAAGUCCAGAUACACAAACUCCGUUGAUCAUUUGAUGUUUCGCAUUGGAUCUACAGACAACCCAGUGGUAUUUCCAAUGCUCGCGACCUAUACAGAGACUGGUCUUGCCGAGCUGACAGAUGCGGAUGGCUUUCUCGUCGAGCAUACAGCCGCCGGUGCAGAUAAAUGGCGAUACUCUACCAAUUGGGCUAGCUCUUGGAGCCCCUGGGAAGUCUAUGAUGGAACUCCAAGCCAGAUCAAAAAUCUGCCAUGGUCGGGUACUAAGCAACAGGAAUGGGAAGGAGGCCAUGUCAUUUUGCAGUACUGGAGCAAGAUGGCCGGAAGCAGCCAACAUGUUCAGCACAUGGAUUUGGGAGGCGAAAGCAAGUCUCCAAGGCGAUUCCCCCACCUCUUUGCCUUUGGAGAUUUCAAUAAAUUUGGCCAAGAUAUUGGACUGAGGAGCUCCUUCUCUCUCGAUGAUGUAACAAAAACUUGGAAAUUCCACCUUUCUGCAGAAUGGCCAUCCAAAUUCCAGGUGAACGUUUGGGGAAUCAAUCCAGACAAGAAGCUCGAUGGAACUUUCCUGCUCGGGGAUACUUUGAACAGCAGUCACUUAAAUCGCCUCCAGCCGGACUCGCUUUCUGUCAGUGACAACGUCGUUGACUUCCUCGAAUUUCCACCUGCACCAUACAUGGCCUAUCAAAUGGAGCUGAGCGACGGAAACAUGGGAUUUGAGCUUGUUCCAGUUGGACAAAGGUUGCACCAGCAAAUACUGUAUCUCGUGCUGUGGGUUGUACCAGUUUUGACUGGUGUGUUCAGCAUCUGGAUAUACAUGGGCGCCUUCUACCACAUCACUUUCAACCGCACGGGCGUCAGUAAGAGUCUUCAAUUUAGCUUUUUGCCAGCUUUUCUCCGCCCAGCUCAAGCUUUCAACAAAAUCGACGAAAGUGACAACGAAGAGAAUCAAGAGAUCACAAUGAUGGAAGUGGGAAGAGUCAAUGCUCUCGGGGUUCUCCCUUUAGCCGCAACAUCAAUUCCGAAACCUAAGCGAACGGUCUUGUUGGCCACUUUGGAGUAUGAUAUUGAAGAUUGGAGCAUCAAAAUCAAGAUUGGUGGACUCGGAGUUAUGGCGCAAUUGAUGGGGAAGAACCUUCCGCACCAUGACAUCGUAUGGGUGGUACUGUGUGUUGGUGGAGUUGACUAUCCAACGGAUACACCGGCCGAACCUAUGUCCAUUGCCAUCGCUGGCACUGUUUACGAAGUUCAAGUCCAAUACCACAAGCUACGCAACAUCACUUAUGUGCUUCUUGAUGCUCCUAUCUUCCGCCAACAGACCAAAUCAGAGCCAUAUCCACCACGAAUGGAUGAUCUCCGAAGUGCAAUUUACUACAGUGCGUGGAAUAACUGCAUUGCCGAAACGUCCAAGCGCUUUCCGAUCGACAUCUACCAUAUCAACGACUAUCACGGCGCUAUAGCACCACUGUAUCUUCUUCCACGUACUAUUCCUUGUUGUUUGUCCCUCCACAAUGCCGAAUUCCAGGGACUCUGGCCUUUGCGUGAUCAAAAAGAGCUGGAUGAAAUUAGUGAGGUGUUCAACCUCAAAGUCCAGGUCAUCCGGAAGUAUGUGCAAUUUGGCGAAGUCUUCAACCUCCUUCAUGCGGGUGCGAGCUAUCUCCGAGUUCAUCAGCGCGGCUUUGGUGCAGUUGGUGUGUCUAACAAAUAUGGUGAUCGCUCUUACGCACGAUAUCCGAUCUUCUGGGGCCUCAAGGAGAUCGGCAAACUCCCAAACCCUGAUCCCUCUGAUACCGAGCCCUGGGAUCCUGAAGCGGAAUCUCGUCAGGUUAUCCAGGUUGAUCCGGCUUAUGAAAAGGGUCGAGGAAAUGACCGUUGCCAAGCACAAAAAUGGGCAGGGUUGAAAGUAGACCCAAAUGCCGAACUGUUCGUCUUUGUUGGUCGGUGGUCAGUUCAAAAGGGUGUCGACCUUAUUGCGGAUGUCUUCCCGGCAAUCUUGGAAAAACAUUCCAAUGUGCAGCUGAUCUGUGUUGGGCCAGUUAUUGAUAUGUAUGGUAAAUUUGCUGCUCUGAAACUGCAGGAAAUGAUGACCAUCUACCCCGGUCGGGUCUUCUCCAAGCCCGAGUUCACCGCUUUGCCGCCUUUUAUCUUCACAGGCGCUGAAUUUGCUCUCAUACCGUCGCGCGAUGAGCCCUUUGGCCUCGUGGCAGUUGAGUUCGGGAGAAAGGGCGCUCUUGGAGUCGGGGCUUUGGUUGGUGGACUUGGCCAGAUGCCGGGCUGGUGGUUCCCUGUCGAGUCCAUGACAGUGAAGCAUCUCCAAAAGCAGUUCAAAGCUUCAAUCGAGAGCGCGAUCAGUUCUAAGCAGGCCGACCGCGCAAUGAUGAGGGCAAACUCUGCCAAACAACGCUUCCCAGUGGCUCGAUGGGUAGAGGACCUCGACUACCUGCAAAUGCGAUCAAUCCGUAUGCAUGAAGAUCAGAAUGACCCCUCCCGGAAGCCUCGUGGCCCCUCGCACUCGCGCGAUUUCAGUCAGACAUCACUAGUCAUGAUGCAAACUCCAAAUCUGAAUAUCGAUGAAAUGAAUCCCAUCCCUAGGUCUUCUGGCUCAGAGUUCCCUGCUGUUGUCCCAACCCGGACUCUUUCUUUGGGUGUCCGGUCUGGUCCUGGUCACCAGCCAAGAACAACUGUUUUGCAUGAAGGUACCGCGCUCACACCUAGGUUAGAGGAGAUUGCAGACCCAGAUGAGCAAGCCCUGUCGACGGAAGAGGCAGAAGCCAUUCUCAAUCUCAACCGUGACUCUUCUGAGGAUUUGGGGCAGGAUCGACGAGGUCGCUCUAUUUCUGGCAUUUCAUCAAGCUCUACAGGUCUGUCCGGUCUAGGAAUAAGCCGGGCCUACUCUCCAGCGCAAAGGGGCCGACUCAGGUCAACUUCGGUCUUAAGCCUGGACCAGAUCAGAAGCACGCGCCAGAACUUCUCGUUGGAGAACGCAGAUCCUACGUUCAAAGACGAAACUGGAAAGUACUCACGCUAUUACCAGGGUCUGUUGCAGCGGUUGACUGGCAAAAACUCCGAAAGUGACUUGUGCAUUGAAGAUUUCAUCGUGCAAAGUGAAAAAGAAUGGUCGGAUAAUAUGCGCGAAGUCAGACUGGGUCGCGGAUCACGCAGCCCGUCGCCUAUGCCCUCGCCCAUGCCCUCACCAUCGCUUGGAGCUGAAAGAUUACACUCUUCCAGUAGCAACGCGGAUGAUGACCUCGAAGGCAAUGAAUCCGGCUGGGAAGACGCUUCAGCAGCACAAGAGAUGCUGCUACCUGCAAGUUUCCAACGGCCGCCUGCAAUUCAACGUUGGCUAUCAACCCGCAUCAUGGAUUGGCCAAUCUAUUCAAUUCUCUUGGCCCUGGGUCAGGUAAUGGCUGCCAAUUCGUCUCAGAUAACACUACUCACCUCAGGAUCGGGCAGCGGUCCCACCGCUCUCUACGUUCUAGGAAGUAUUUACGUCGUCACAAGCUGCGGUUGGUGGUUUGCAUUCAGGCGCAUCCCAUCUGUCUACAUUCUCUCUCUUCCCUUUAUCCUCUAUGGCCUGGCAUUUUUAAUCAUUGGUGUUGGCAGUUUCAGCCCCAAUGUUUCCGGUCAAACUUGGGCAUACAAUAUUGCCGCCGCAUGUUAUAUCAUUAGCUCUUCCAGUGGAUAUCUAUUCUUUUCGCUGAACUUUGGGGAUGACGGGGGUUCAAAAAUUGAAUCCUGGGUUUAUCGCGCAUGUCUUAUCCAGGGUACACAAAAUGUAUAUGUCGCCGCACUCUUCUUCUGGGGCUCUGAACUCUCAUCGCAAGGCCGCCGCGGAGCUUUCGCAUCGCCGAGUGUUGCGGCGGGUGUAACGAUUCCUAUAGCCGUUCUGCUGUUCACCAUAGCAGCAGCGCUGUAUACCGGUCUGCCAAAAUACUACCGCCAAACCCCGGGCAAGAUCCCGGCCUUCUACAAGAGUAUUUUCCGACGAAAGAUUAUCAUCUGGUUCUCAAUAUCAGUUGUGCUUCAAAACUACUUCCUCAGCAUGCCCUACCAACGCAACUGGGCGUACCUCUGGGGCUCCAAAUACGCGCCUGGCUGGAUGGUGUUGUUACUUGCGUUGGCAUUUUUCAUCGGCAUCUGGUAUGCGCUUCUAGCACUGCUGGCUUGGAGGUCCAAGACCCACUCGUGGAUACUGCCAAUUUUCGCGAUCGGACUUGGGGCGCCCAGAUGGGCACAGAUGCUCUGGGGUACGUCUGGUAUUGGGUUAUGGGUGCCAUGGAUUGCGGGUGGUCCACAGGGCAGUGCCCUAGGCGGCCGGAUACUCUGGCUAUGGCUGGGUGUUUUGGAUUCCGUUCAAGGGGUUGGAUUCGGCAUGAUGCUGUUGCAGACACUUACACGGAUUCAUAUUGCUGCGGCACUGUGUGGCGCUCAGUUGAUUGGCACGCUGACGACUUUGGUUGCUAGUGCCAGUGCACCAGAUCGGAAUGGUCCAGGUGAUGUUUUCCCUGACUUUUCGGCGGGUAUAAUGGCGGGGAUUUCGAAGCCUUGGUUUUGGAUUGCGUUGGGCUCCCAGUUGGCAAUUCCUAUUGGAUUUUUCAUGUUCUUCCGCAAGGAGCAAUUGACGAAGCCUUGA